CCUCUCUCUCUAUUUCACAAAUCUCUCCGUCUCUCUGAAAGUUAGGGUUUAAAGUUUGAAUCAGAUCAUGACGUCGGGGGCAACAGCCGCUGUUGGACGACAACAGCAAGGGAUUAUACGUAUAGCUAUAUUCCUCUCCUCGACCGGUACUGAACCAGCGGUCCAGAUCACCGAUCUCCGCCCCAAAGCUGAACCGCUGUUAAAGUAUGAGUUCGAGAAGAGGGGGCGGAUCUGGUGCAAGACUACCUGCUGCUGGUGGAACUGGUAAAGCGAAAGGCAAAAAUGUUUCCCAAGUUUCUGAUAGUUGGGCCGAUCCAGUAGCUGAUUGGGUGUCAGAUAUAAGUCUCGAUUCUGAACAAGAUGGAGGCUGGAGGGAGGUUGCGAGAAAGCCCCGAAAAAAUUCUGUUGGAAAUGUGGGGAGUCUGUAUCCAGGGACAAAAGUAUCAGGUAAUCCCUGGACUGGGUCUAAGGGGACUUCAAAUGCAUGGACAGGACCUAAGCAGCCCGCCAAUGCCUGGGCGGGGAAGGGUUCUGUGAAUGCCUUUGCAGCACCAGCAGGUAACAAUAAAUGGCCUUCUGCUGGCAGAGGAGUUUGGAACCAGUCAUCCUCAAUAGUGUAUGAGAACAUCUAUGAUCAACCAGCUGUUAUUCCUCCUCCUCUUGAGGAUGGAUGGCAAUGGCGUAAUAACACAUCUCAGGUAGCAAAUUCUGGUAAUGUAUCUGCUUCAAACCCUGCCGAUGCUACGUAUGACGAGGAGGAAGAGAGACAUGAUGAUAACGACGGUGACGAAGAUGAUUUUAAUACUGAAGAUAUAUAUGACUCGGAAGAAUAUGACUCGGAUGAAAGCCAGAAGAGUCACGAAACUCUCAAGAAGACCUCAUCGCUCAAGGGUUUUUUCAAAACCCUAGAUGAGAUGAAUAUAGAGGAAAUUAGUGAACCUGGUAGGGAGUGGCACUGCCCAGCCUGUGCUGGUGGACCUGGUGCUAUUGACUGGUAUCGUGGACUGCAGGCCUUGACGACCCAUGCUAAAACUAAAGGCAAAAGAAGGGCAAAAGCCCACAGGCUACUUGCCCAACUCUUGGGUGAGGAGCUGCGUUUGAGGGGAGCUUCCGUGAUCCCUGCUGGUGAAGCGUUUGGCAAGUGGAAAGGUUUGAACGAAAACGUUGUAAGAGACAGGAAAAUAGUUUGGCCUCCAAUGGUGAUGGUCAUGAACACACAAUUGGACCAAGAUGACAACGGAAAGUGGCUUGGCAUGGGAAAUGCUGAGCUUCUCGAGUACUUCAAUGCUUAUGAAGCCGUGAAGUCCCGGCAUUCUUAUGGGCCGCAAGGGCAUCGAGGUAUCAGUGUCCUGAUCUUUGAGGCCUUCGCUGUUGGUUUUUUGGAGGCUGAGCGAUUAAGCAAGCAUUUCGAGGAGGAAGGAACAAAUCGUGAAACUUGGGCUCGUCGUCAGAAGUUGUUUCUUCCUGGCGGGCAGCGUUUGCUGUAUGGUUAUUUGGCAGAAAAAGGAGAUAUUGAUUAUUUUAACCAGCAUUCGCACGGCAAAACCAAACUGAAAUUUGAAUUGAGGUCCUAUGAAGAGAUGGUUGUCAAUCCAAUGAGGCAGAUGAAUGAGGACAAUCAUCUCCUCAACUACUACAAGAAAAGAGCUCUCGAGGAGAGUAAACAGGCCAAAGUAUAUCAUGAUUCGUUUUCUGCUGUGUCUGACAAAUUGCGCAAGACCCAGGAAGAGAAUCGCAUAGUGCGACAAAUGACAAAAGCGCAUCAUGAGGAAAACAGGGAGAAGAUGGACUACCAAGAAGAAUUUUAUAAAGAGCAAAUCAAGCUUAUCCAUGAAGCCCGCGUUGAGGAGGAGGAGAAAUUCGAGAAGAUACAGCAGGAGAAACGGCAUCAGAUGAAGAUUUAUAUGGAGAAACCCUCUUUAGCAGAGGACCGCCAAUUCAGGAUCGACAAGGGAGCUUCAUUGAUUUUGUCUCAGCAGAAAGAGAUGGACAACUUUGCUGAAGAAAGGGACAAGCUUCUUAAUAAUCUGGAACUGAGGAAGGCCGAGUUGGCGAGGCUCCGUUUCCAGGAGGAUAUAAGCCUAGAGAAGGAGUUUAAUGCACAGUUAACUUGGUUGAUGGAAAAAUACUCCAGAGGGAAAUCACCAGAUAUGUCCUGAGGAGAGAAAGGACUCUGAGAGAUGCCCCAGCGGAACUUGUUCUAAAUUUAAUGCAUUUUUAGAUUCAUAAAACUGAGAAACUUUUGGUGAAACUUUUGGUGAAACUUAUGACAUGAAGCUUUAGGCUUGCUAUCACAGCUGCUUGGCACUACCUGAGACCCAGAACUUAGCAAUUACAAAAAGCAAGUUUCAAUUUGCUUUUAGCGAAUCUCUGAUGAAUUUUGUUUAAAAUGGUUUUCUUUGAAAAAACCCAUUAUUAUUGUUGCUGUUUAAA